AUGUCUACAGCCUCCGCCGCCUCCUCCUCCUCCUCGUCUUCUGCCAGUGAGAUGAUUGAAGCUCUCCAGGUCCUUAAUUUUGAAGAGAUCGACUGUAAGGAGAUCGAAGUGGAAGAGGUUGUUGGAAGAGGAGCCUUUGGGGUAGUUUGCAAAGCUAAGUGGAGAGCAAAAGAUGUUGCUAUUAAACAAAUAGAAAGUGAAUCCGAGCGGAAAGCUUUUAUUGUAGAGCUUUGGCAGUUAUCCCGUGUGAACCAUCCUAAUAUUGUAAAGUUGUAUGGCGCCUGCUUGAAUCCAGUGUGUCUUGUGAUGGAAUAUGGAGGGGGCUCUUUAUAUAAUGUGCUGCAUGGUGCUGAACCAUUGCCAUAUUACACUGCUGCCCACGCGAUGAGUUGGGGUUUACAGUGUGCCCAAGGAGUGGCUUACCUACCCAGCAUGCAACCCAAAGCUUUAAUUCACAGGGACCUGAAACCACCAAACUUGCUGCUGGUUGCUGGGGGGACAGUUCUGAAAAUCUGUGAUUUUGGUACAGCCUGUGACAUUCAGACACACAUGACCAAUAACAAAGGGAGUGCUGCCUGGAUGGCACCUGAGGUGUUUGAAGGUAGCAAUUACAGUGAAAAGUGUGAUGUCUUCAGCUGGGGUAUCAUCCUGUGGGAAGUAAUAACACGUCGGAAACCCUUUGAUGAGAUUGGUGGCCCAACUUUCCGCAUCAUGUGGGCUGUUCAGGCAGUACGGCCACCUCUAAUCAAAAAUUUACCUAAGCCCAUUGAGAGCCUGAUGACUCGUUGUUGGUCUAAAGACCCUUCCCAGCACCCUUCCAUGGAAGAAAUUGUGAAAAUAAUGACUCACUUGAUGCGGUACUUUCCAGGAGCAGAUGAGCCAUUACAGUAUCGUUGUCAGUAUUCUGAUGAAGGACAGAGCAACUCUGCUACCAGUACAGGCUCAUUCAUGGACACCACUUCUACAAAUACCAGUAAUAAAAGUGACACUAAUAUGGAGCAAGUUCCUGCCACAAAUGAUAUUAUUAAACGCCUAGAAUCAAAAUUGUUGAAAAAUCAAGCAAAACAACAGAGUGAAUCUGGACGUUUAAGCUUGGGAGCCUCCCGUGGGAGCAGUAUAGAAAGCUUGCCCCAAGCUUCUGAGGGCAAAAGGAUGAGCGCUGAUAUGCCCGAAAUUGAAGCCAGGAUCGCUGGGAUCACAGGCAAUGGACAACCAAGACGGAGAUCUAUCCAAGACUUGACUGUUACUGGAACAGAAACUGGUCAGGUGAGCAGUAGAUCAUCCAGUCCUAGUUUCAGAAUGAUCACUACCUCAGGACCAACCUCAGAAAAGCCAACUGGAAGUCAUCCAUGGACCCCUGAUGAUUCCACAGAUACCAGUGGAUCAGAUAAUUCAAUCGCAAUGGCUUAUCUUACACUGGAUCACCAGCUACAGCCUCUUGCACUGUGCCCUAACUCCAAAGAAUCUAUGGCAGUGUUCGAACAGCAUUGUAAAAUGGCACAAGAAUAUAUGAAAGUUCAAACAGAAAUUGCAUUGUUAUUACAGAGAAAGCAAGAACUAGUUGCAGAAUUGAACCAGGAUGAAAAGGACCAGCAAAACACAUCUCAUCUGGUACAGGAACAUAAAAAGCUUUUAGAUGAAAACAAAAGCCUUUCUACUUACUACCAGCAAUGCAAAAAACAACUAGAGGUCAUCAGAAGUCAACAGCAAAAGUGACAAGG